AGCGAUUAGACAAUUUACCACGAAAUAUAGAUUUGGUUGAAAUAUAAAUAAAUGCCAUCUCUAUUGGUCAAAAUAAUUAAAAUGUCAUUGGAGUAUGUCAAUUUACUAAAAUCCAUUUUGAUGGAGGCUUGAGUCUUCCAACUCGGGUUAAAGGAUGUUGUGCCAAGCAAAAUGCGUGAACUCACGUGAAGGUGGUGAAGUUCCCCAGACAAAAAUGCGACAAACACCCCUCCCGAGGACCUCCGUCUUACUGAUUGGAAUCUGUCUCGUAAAACCCCCCUCCCUCUUCUUCCGCAGAAUCACCUCUCUCAACUCACUCCUCCUCGCCUAAGCUCCCAUGGCGUCCUUCUGUUUCAGCAUCAAGACCACAUCCAUCUUCGAGCCGACUCGUUUCAUUCCACUCCGAAAUGCCUCGAUUCGCCGCCGGCCAAUCCAGUAUCCGUCUCCGAGAAAAUCCGCAGCUGCUUUGUCGUCUAUCGUCUUCGCCUCUUCUUCCUCUUCCUCCCCGGCAUCUCCCUCGGCCAACAUCCCCGAAUCUGAUGCUCUCAAGAUCAAAUCAGUACCGACAAAGCCAAUUGAAGGGCAGAAGACCGGAACGAGCGGGCUCCGGAAGAGGACUAAGGUUUUCAUGGAAGAGAAUUACCUUGCGAACUGGAUCCAGGCAUUAUUUAACUCACUCUCGCCUGAGGAUUAUAAGGACGGGUUGUUGAUUCUGGGCGGCGAUGGCAGAUUUUUUAACCGCGAGGCGGCUCAGAUAAUCAUUAAGAUUGCAGCUGGCAAUGGGGUUGGGAAAAUUAUGGUUGGCAAGGAUGGCAUAAUGUCUACCCCAGCCGUCUCUGCAGUGAUUCGGAAGAGAAAGGCCAAUGGUGGCUUUGUAAUGAGUGCAAGCCAUAAUCCUGGUGGCCCUGAAUAUGAUUGGGGCAUCAAGUUCAAUUACAGCAGUGGCCAACCGGCGCCAGAGUCCAUCACGGACAAAAUCUAUGGGAACACACUGUCAAUUUCUGAAAUAAAGAUGGCUGACAUUCCAGAUGUUGAUCUCUCUCAGCUUGGUGUCACUAGGCAUGGGGAUUUUGUUGUUGAAGUGGUCGAUCCAGUCGGCGACUACUUGGAGCUAAUGCAGGAGUUAUUUGACUUUUCGCUCAUCAAAGGUCUGAUCUCCAGACCUGAUUUCAGGUUCGUCUUCGAUGCGAUGCACGCGGUUACUGGUGCUUAUGCGAAGCCUAUUUUUGUUGACAUGCUCGGAGCUAGCUUGGAAUGUAUUGUUAAUGGUGUGCCCCUUGAGGAUUUUGGGCAUGGCCAUCCGGACCCUAAUCUUACAUACGCGAAGGAUUUGGUCAACAUAAUGCACGGCGAGGAUGGCCCUGAUUUCGGUUCUGCUAGUGAUGGUGAUGGUGACAGAAACAUGAUUCUUGGGAGGGGAUUCUUUGUUACUCCUUCAGACUCUGUCGCUGUUAUUGCUGCCAAUGCGAAAGAGGCUAUUCCUUACUUCAAAAGUGGUCUUAAGGGAUUGGCUCGCUCCAUGCCCACUAGUGGUGCUUUGGACCGUGUUGCCGAAAAACUAAACCUCCCAUUUUACGAGGUCCCAACUGGUUGGAAAUUCUUUGCAAAUCUAAUGGAUGCAGGAAACUUAUCAGUUUGUGGGGAAGAAAGUUUCGGGACAGGCUCUGACCACAUUCGUGAGAAAGAUGGGAUAUGGGCUGUUUUGGCUUGGCUUUCAAUAUUAGCAUUCAAGAACAAGGAGAAGAAAGCAGGGGAGACAUUGGUUUCUGUGGGUGAUGUUGUCAGGGAUCAUUGGGCAGCUUAUGGGAGGAACUUCUUUUCUAGAUACGAUUACGAGGAAUGUGAGUCCGAAGGAGCCAAUGAGAUGAUUGCAUAUCUUAGAGGCUUGGUCUCUACAAGUAAGGCUGGUGAUAAGUAUGGAAGCUAUACCCUCAAUUUUGCCGAUGACUUUUCCUAUGUUGAUCCCGUGGAUGGAAGUGUUGCAUCCAAACAGGGAGUGAGAUUUGUGUUCACAGAUGGGUCAAGGAUCAUCUUUAGAUUAUCGGGCACUGGUUCAGCUGGUGCUACUGUAAGAAUGUAUAUCGAACAGUUCGAGCCAGAUGCUUCUAAGCACAAUGUUGAUGCCCAAACUGCAUUGCAGCCAUUGAUAGAUCUUGCUCUCUCAGUGUCGAAGCUGAAAGAGUUUACCGGACGAGAGAAGCCAACUGUCAUAACAUGAAAACAACACUCAACUUUAUAUGGUAUCAGGUUGCCGACUCCUCCUUCGUCUAUUAGUUGAACACUUCAAUUUAUCAUUUUUUUUUCUUUUUCGUGUUGAAUGAUAAGCUGUCCCCGAUGACAGAAAUUAGCUUCGUUUUAAAAUGUGUGAAACUUGUUGUGAGCAAAAUAUGGAUACACCGUAUGUUGAUUUUCAUGUUGUCAAAUAAUCCCAAUGGAAGCAGAUUGUGUACAACUCUUUUGUAAAAUUUUGCUAGUACAUCAUGGGCAGGUG